AUAUUUAAAAUGUUAUUAUAAUUUUUAUGUAAUUCAUUUCGAUAAGAGAAUUGGCGUGUAGAGUAUUUUAUCAUAUUCAAAAUAUUUUAAUUUUACGAUGUGUUCUUUCAUUAAUGUCUUACGUCGUAUGUAUUCGCGGACAUUUAAACAAACAUUGUCAUGUUACUAUUUUUGUUCAAGAUUCUUUGGGAGAGCUUACCAGAACAAACAUACAUAUCCUGUUAUUUUGCCUCGAAAAUCUCGCGAGAUUUCCAUUCACGGUCAUUUAAUAAAGGACGAAUACUCAUGGCUAAGAUAUCUUAAAUUAUCCGAAGCAAAGAGGUUGAUGGGAAUAGAAAACCGUUUUGCAGAGAACUUCAUGAAGGACACUCAGCAAUUUCAAUCUGAUUUUGCGAGAAAAAUGGAGAAAAUUUUCAAGAAAUAUGAGAGUCAAUUUAAUGAAGACCAUCUUGUGAGAUACGGAAAUUACCUAUAUUACACCAAACAGUCAGAAACCAAUACAGAUUUCUUAGUGCAUUAUAGAAGACAUUUAAAUGGUACCAGUGAAGAAUUAUUGCUUGAUGAGGCAAACGUCGCUAGGCUUUGGGAUCACUUUGGUGUGAAGGUCAUGAAAAUUUCACCAUCUCAAAGGUAUGUUGGGUUUAUUGUGGAUAUAUCAGGAUGUGACACAUAUUGUGGGAUUCUUGUGGACACUGUAAAAAAACCUGGUACAAUUUUGGAACAGCUAUCAAGUGUUAGCUUAGAAUGGUCGUCAAUGGAUGAUAUUCUAUACUAUUCCACAUUUGAUAAUCUACAUCGAGCUGAUAAAGUAUGGAGGCAUAGAAUUGGUACAGACUUAUCUUCUGACGAGUUAGUUUUCACAGAAACUGACCCCAGGUUCUUUGUCGAUGUGAGUUCAACAAAAGACGGUCGUUAUGUGACCAUCAAUUCAACUUCGAAGACCACGUCAGAGGUACAUUUGUUAGAUCCAAAAGAUGUGCACGCUACUGCUAAACUUGUGUGUUCAAAACAGCCUGGUAUUGAGUAUUUUAUCGAGCAUUGUAAUGGUCUAUUUUACAUCCUUACAAAUCAUCCAGACGGUGGAAAUUAUCGAGUCUUUUCAGCGACGGAGAAGGAUCUUUUUGGCAAAUGGACAACAUUUUUAAAUGGCUCGAAUCGGGUUGUUCUCGAUGAUAUUGAUAUAUUUUCGGAGUAUCUUGCUAUUUACGAAAAAGAAGAUUUGAAACCGAAAUUAAGAAUUAUUCCAUUACGCAACACCAAAGAUCAUUACACGAUUGAGUUUGAUGACACAAUUAGCGUACUCACUCCUGGUUGUAAUAUGGACUUCAAAUCCGAUGUUAUUGAGUUCAUUACAUCAUCUCCUGUGGAUCCGCCAAAAUUGAUGCAGUUGAACAUGCGUUCAAGAGAAAUGAACAUUCCUACCGAAAACUCAAAAAAUGUCAAUGGUAUUGAAUCACGGUAUUGUCGAACAACAGUUACGGCUGUCAGUCAGGAUGGAACGAAAGUACCUGUGACGUUGUUUCACCAAAAAGAUUUACCUUUGAAUAAAGCGCAUCCUUUGUUAGCUUUUGUUUACGGAUCGUAUGGCAUUAAUGUGAACGUGGAGUUUCAAGCAAAGAAAUUUCAUUUGCUGCAAGAAGGAUGGGUUUUGGCGUAUUGUCAUGUAAGAGGCGGUGGAGAAAAGGGUCGACAUUGGUACCACCAGGGUCGACAUAAAAAUAAGAUCAAAACAUGUGAGGAUUUCGUAUCGUGUAUAGAAGCGAUCCAUAAUGAAGGCUACUCUUCGCCUUCAUUAACGGCUAUUUUUGGAAGCAGUGCUGGUGGAUUUCCUGUUGCAAUGAUGUGCAACAAAUCGCCAUCUCUUGUCAGAGCAGCAGUUUUAAAGGUUCCAUUUGUAGAUAUGAUGACUGCUAUGUUGGACGAAGAUUUACCCUUAACUGCGCAAGAGUACGAAGAAUUUGGCUGUCCUAGGACUAAUGCUGAAGACUUUGAUAAUUUGAUGUCUUUGUGUCCAUUCACGAAUAUAACAAAACAGGAGUAUCCCAGCAUGCUUUUUGUGUCAUCUGUGAAUGACGUUAGAGUACCAUUUUGGAUGUCUCUAAAGUAUGUUUCUAAACUUCGUAAUGUGAACGAAUUAUCGGAAAUAUCGUAUUCUGGAAAAUGGAUUCUACUGAAAACCGAUUUCGAUGGUGGACAUUUUGGUAGCGGGUCAUUUGAACAGACCUCUUUUAUCUAUGCUUUUCUGUAUAAAGCUUUUGGACUAAAAUGAAGGCCAUUUUAUAUGGAAGCUUAUCAUUGGAUGGAAAUGAGUGUAAAGAUGCGGUUUCUUGGCCAUAAAGGAGUACCAGAGAUUAAACCAUUGAAUGAACGCA